AUGAUUGCCCCAGCUUCUACCAUCUACCUUGUAAGUGGCGCUAGCCGUGGGCUUGGAAGAGCUCUCGUAGCUGCAUACUUAGCUCGGCCAAACAAUACCGUGAUAGCCACAGUUCGAGACCCGACAAGCCCAGUAUCCAAAUCCCUGCAGGAGCUCUCAAAGGGCACUAACAGCUCGCUCAUUGUCCUAAAGACCGACAGCCUGAUCGAAACGGAUGCACAGCAGGCCAUUGAUGAACUCAAAUCUGUGCACAACAUCACUUCCCUGGACGUUGUGAUCGCCAACGCAGGAAUCGCCAAGCUCUUCCCAACGGUCCAGGAGGUGCGAGUUGAAGACAUCCUUGAGCACUACCGCACCAAUGUUAUCGGAGUCGUCCUCUUAUUCCAAGCCGUUGUACCCUUGUUAAAGAACUCGACGAAAACACCGAAAUUCGUCGUCAUGGGCUCAGAAGCCGGAAGUAUCGGUGGGAUGGAGCAAGUCCCUGUCCCCAAUGCGGCCUACGGGCCUUCCAAAGCGGCCUUGAACUGGAUCACAAAAAAGAUUCAUGUGGAGAACCCCGAUAUCAUCGCGUUCCCGAUCCAUCCCGGUUUUGUUCAGACUGAUACAGGCAACGCCUCCGCAAGGGCCUUCGGAAUGGAAAAGGCGAUUCUGACAUAUGAAGAGAGCAUUCCUCCCAUGGUCAAGCUUAUCGAUGAAGCUACACGAGAGGCUACAUCUGGGAAGUUCAAACUUUAUGAUGGGUCCUCGCUUGACUGGUAA